UAGUAUCAGCGCUCAGCAGUCACAUGACCUUUGAAGAAUAUUGGAAAGAGAAAGCAGAAAAAUAUUGUUUGUUGCGCAUAUGAAUUUUCUCCUUCUGAUAUUCAGGAAGCGAUGAAGAAAGAAUUUUACAUUAUUUCAGUGUUCUCUUUGGUGUGUUCGAUUGUCCAUGCUGUAUCAGGUUGCAACAAGACCCUGACCCUUAGCAAUGAGACUUUGGUGGCAGACCUAAACGAAACUUGUAGCUGGGUAAUAAAGUCCCCCAAAUUAACAACAAUAGUUGUCCAAGUCACCAGCCUCCACCUGACGAAUUCCAUGGACAGUGUCCGAGUUGUGGAUGGUGACACCCUCAUCGCAUCGUACACAGAUCUGGAUCAGAGCGGAGAUUUACUUGUGAGUAGCAAUAACUCACUCCUUGUGCUUGCAAGUUACAGUGGCAAAGGGAGCUCACCCCGAAAUGUCACAGUUUCCUUAAAACCACAAGCUGGUGGGGGCAGAUACACAGAUAAUGGACAAGUGAAACUGAAUGGCACAUCUCUCCCACAAAAUGAUUCUAGUCCAGUCUACUUCCAGCUAAUAGCCACCAAAGGCCAACAGGUUCAGAUUCUAUUGAAUGAUAGUAACCUUACUCCCACACCUAGAAUUGCUUUCUAUGACGGCUUGAAACCUCUCCCCGAUAAACUAUUGGUGGAACUUGGUACAUACAGUCAGUUCUUCCCCAUAACGUCUAGAACUGGGGCCAUGUUGGUAGUCGGCAAAGACAUAGAUCAGCAGGAGUUCUUUUCUGGAUUUUUCAAAAGUGUUUCAUCUGGAUGUGAUAUCAUUCUUACAUCAGCUACAAUGAGUUUUUACAUGCAAAGACCGAAAAUUGAGACACAGUGCUCCAUUGUGGCAGUUCCAAGGAAUAAAGGUAUGACUGCAGGAAUAACAUCUUUUAGGAUCGAAAGUCUGAAUUUGUGUCCGAACGAAAGCGUCACAAUUUACGAGGGUCACAGUCAAUAUGAUAAAAGGAUCGCAAUGCUAACAAACCAGAGUUCUCCAGUCACACCCGCUAUUUAUGUCAGAUCUGAAAAAGGAUUCUUAAUAGAAGUAAACUUGAAGAAUAAUUCUCAGUGUUCAAAUGGAACCAUUCCUAUAGUGCUCUCUGGGAUGUAUUCUGCAAGACCAGCUUGUGGAAAGACCCUGAAAUCUCCUGAAGGAACAAUUACAAGUCCAGAGUAUCCUAACCUGUACCCGUUUAAUGCUAAUUGCAAGUGGAAUCUUCCAAUACCAGAAAAUAGUUCCACUUUUGUGUAUGUUGCCAUGGAAACUGCUGCUCUAGCAUCCAAUCACACUUUGAGACUCCAGGAUGACACAGGAACAGCUUUGUGGAAAUUUUCUGGAGACCACCUUCCCUCUACAGACGCAGUUGUUAACUUGAACGAGUCAAAUAUUGCACAGCUGGUCUUUGACAGCAGCGCAGAAUUAGGUCAAGGUGUUGGAAAGGUCAGCAAAGGAUUCAAUGUCACUUAUAAGAUGCUCAGAUGUGGUGGAUAUCUGACGUCCCCCAAAUCUAGCAUUGAAAUACCAGAGAGGAUUCCUGAGGGGGAGUCCUGUAUCUGGGUCAUCAGUCUUCCCAAGUCAGGGCCCAAUAACAGUACCAAUAUCGUCCAGUUCUCCCUCUCACACCCCAAAUUGUCUUCAAACUCAAGCAUAGUUGUGUUGGAUGGAGGAACAUCAAAGUCUGGAGUCUUCAAAUUCAACUCUAAACAGUCCCAGGAUUAUCUCAGUCGCACCAAUGCACUGUGGGUAAAAAUGAUGGCUCCAACCAAGGUCAAGCUUAGCUAUAACACAUACAGUUGCCAGAAGAAGGACCAGUGUAACAAUGGGGUGUGUAUCCACCCUGACUGGAUCUGUAAUGGGGUAGACGAUUGUGGGGACAUGACUGAUGAAAAUAACUGUCCGAUAAACUCAUCAAAAACUGGAUUGAAAACUUACUUGGUGGUAAUAAUCGCUUUGAUGUCCUUCGCCUUUGGAGUGGUCCUGACCAUUGUGAUACCGGCAGUGUACAAGCGGUGUCGUUAUCCUAACUACCGCCACCUACAGGAUCUGAUGGAACCAUCUGUCACGUGAUCAGUGGUAGACACACCCCACCUGUCAAUCAGAACCACCCACACAUUCCACAUUUACAUAGCGAUGCCACUGUUUUCUUGUUAAGUUGCCAUUUUGUAGAUCAGAUUUAAGAAAUUUUGCAAUACUUGGACCUCUCAUCUAUCCUGAGCUUUGAAUAAUGUGUACCUGGUAGUUGUACAUUAAGUUAAAAUUUAAAUAUUGUACAAUGUAUAUGUUAUAAUUCUCUAAAAUCACAAGUAUAAGACAAAAUAUAUUUGUAAUAUUUUAAAUGAUCUGAAAGAAGUUGAAUUUUUUUCAACAGUAGAUCUGCCAACUGAAAAAAAAUCUCCUCUUUUUUUAGAAAGCAAAGUUUAAUCAUUUUUACUAUUCCUUGGGAUUAAUUGAUCUGAAGUGUUGUUUUGGAUUUCCUAUUCUUUUAGAGGAGGACUUUGUCUAUGCUGGUAUAUACUGUUACUUUAUAAUUUGCUUGCAGUUAUAUUUGUUACUUGUUUAUCAUUGCUUUAUACAAAUAUUCAAUGCAUAAUGUAUCUUCGACUUUCUCCAUAUUUGUCUCUCAAUAGCUACUUGGGUAUUUUGGAGGAUUUUUGUUUUAGUUUAGUUGAAUUUUUGAUAUCAAAAACCAGAUGUAUUUAAAAAUGUUGAUGCAUAUGAUAUCAUUACGCAUAUAUGUAAGUUUGUUUGGAUAUGUGCCCAUUUAAGUUGUUCCUAUAAGAGUGAAAUGAUCUGAUUGUACAACUAAACCAGCUAGCAUGUUCCUAGAUGUAAAUGUUUUUCAAGGUCUUCCUUUAUAUCUUUAAAAACCCCUUUUUGUUUUAAACAUUUUUGUUUUGUGAAGUUAGAGCCGUUUUAACCAGAGCUUGGACUUUGGGCAGUGCAUGACAAAAUCCAAUUUAGUGAAGGUGGGGUCUUUUCAUGCUUAACUGUCUAUUCAUUGGUUGAUAUUAAUAGGUAUGAAUACAUUGAAUGCAACAACAUUCAUGGAGCUGUAUAUUUCAGUUCAAAUGGCAUCAAUUCUACACAGCAGAGCAGAUCUUGGGGGUAAAACCUUCUGAUUUUGACAGGCAGUGAAUAUUAAUGAGCUUCUCUUAGCAAAUUAGAAGAAAGAUGGUCAAUAUUUUACAGCUUGUGUUGAUUGAGCAAACUAGAUAACAUCCCACCAAAAGUCCAAGCUCUACAUAUAUAUUACACUCAGAUAUGUAAAUGAUGAUGAUUAGUUAUUGCAUAUUCAUAUUAGUUAUUGCAUAUUCAUAUAAAAGAAUACUCACUAUGUUUUCUUUAUUAGGAGAAAAUAUGUGCAGAACUUGAAAAUUUGGACUUUGACAAAAGUGAAAUAUUGUUUUGUGUAAUACUCUAGUCUUUGCAAGUUGUUGUAAUAACAAUGGAAUCUUGUCUGUGAUGUCGAACUGUUUGUAAAUGCUCAUGUCUUGCUUUGGUAAAUACUGUAAAACAACUUUUAUUUGUGUAUGAAAAAUUUGUUGUGAGGUUUGCAAGAACCUAUUCAUUGAAAAAAUUUUCUUGCUGUAAACCAGUUCUCAAAUUUCUCUGGUAAUUUUUUUUCCCGAUAAUCUGCAUCUUGAUUGCGAAAAUAAGUCACUGCAAACCAGUUUAUCUCUGGUAAAUCACAAUUUUAAGUUGUUGCAAAAAAAAGUUGAUUUACAGUAUUCAACAUUAGUUAUGUUACGUAUCUAGAGUUAAUCUUCUUUCGGUGAUAUUUUAAAUAUUUUCUUGUACAUAAUAUGCACACAUGCAUGUACAAUAUAUAUAAAUCUCUCGGGUUUUUUUAAACUUUGAUUUUAUGGGUGUUUUAGGUUUCCAUCUUUUUGUUCUGAAUUAGUGCUUUUCUAUAUGAUUUGGAUUUAUCAUUUUCCACAAUCCAUGAUAAUUUUGCCGUCCUUGACUAAUUGGUGUGCCUUUAGAAAAUACCAUUGAUGAGUUGUGGUUGUUAAAAUAAAAGACUGAAUUGAUUAUUUGUAAAAAGUUUAUAUGAAAUAGUCAUUCAUGCAGCUUUAAAUAUAGAUCUGAUGAAUUCAGCGCCCUCCCCCAAUGUUAAGAAUUAUUUAUUAUAUGCUUUAUAGUAACAUUUUAUUUACAGUAGAGCCUCUUCAGCAUCGACGCCCGUUAUCCAUUGGCUUCAACUUUUUACUGGAAACAAUUUUCAGACCCAUGUAGAAUAUUAUCUAUGCAAAUGUCAUCGGUUCUCAUUUUUAUUGAAAAUACUGCACAAAGUCAGGUGUUGGACCUAAUACUAAUGUAAGUUUGUCAUGUUUUUCAUGUUAUGAGUUAACACCUGUUCAAGGCUUAUUACAAUGUAUGUGUUUUCUUAAUUUGUAUAAGGGAGAUACUACUUCACAAUGAAUUUACGGUGUGAAUAUGCAACAUUAUGCCAUACAAGUUUGUAAUAAAAUUUGUUAAAGAAGAAAA